AAAUUGCUCAGUAGCUUCCCUAAUGCACAUUUUUUAACACUUGCAAAGUAUUUGACAAGAUAGCGUUUCGGAGGGCCCACAUUUAAAUAAAAUUCCUCGUUUCAUCUUUGCAAAGGAAUUGUCAGCGCAUUUAGAAAGAAACGGUGGUAUUGUGACAAUCUAUAUUGUUAUAUAUGUUACUUUUGUUUCGGAAAUUAGUAAAUAGAAACUGAAAUUUAUAAUCAUAUCUCCAAGAUGAAGUUCUCAAUUUUGUUUUUAUUCCUGACGGUAGCAUCUGUGACCGCUGAUCAGUCUAAAGGCCCGUUGCCAAACAUAACCGAUAUGCUAGGUAAAUUCAAUCCACUAGGCGCAAUCAAAACUUUUCAAGAAGUGGCUGAUACUAUUAUAAGUAAAUUUAUGAGUGGUGCUGUUUCAAAAAUGAUUACCGAUGUUAUGCACGGACUAAGUACUAUGAAUAUAACUGAAUCAAAAACUCCUUUCCUAUCCGGAAGCACACAAUUUUGCCAAAUAAUCGGAGAUAAUUUAGACAACCUGGAAAAAGCAAAUAAAAAUCCGAUUUUGGAAUUUUUUAUAACUGUUCAAAGGAUACUGUGUUCAGGUCUUAUUGCCCUAUUAACUGCUGCGCAAAUUUAAGAAAGGAGGACGUAGAAGAUUCUAAAGAAUUUAGAUUUUUUUUGAUAAAUUAUACUUGUUUUAUUGAAGGCGGGUGGAGACUCCGACAAGGGCGCCCCCUGGCGCUCAGACUAUAAAACCCACUGUGCUACUUGAAUUAUACUUAUCUGUGUACAAAUAUAGAUCGCAAUAGCAUUUGUAGUGUUCAAUG